GGGACCGGGACCGGGGUCGGGGUCGCUACCGGACGCUGACGGUCUCUGUGCUCCUUCAGGGGCGGCUGCGGCUCCUCCCCUGGUGCCCGCCGGGUCCGGCCCCGCCGAGCGCCGGCGCCGAGGGCAGAGCCCGGUCCCAAGGGCGCUGGAUGUGUCGGUCGGUGGCCGUCCCGGGGGAGCCGUGGCCGUCCCGUGCUGCCAGCGAUGAUUCCCCGCUGACAGGUACAGCCCUGGCCGUCUCUCGCUGUCCAACCACCACGUAAACCCCGUCUCAGCCCAGUUUCCCUGAGCUCUGCAGUUGCCCUCUCCCCGGGGAGCACUGUAUCCCCUGGGAAGUGCUGUACCCCCUGGGGGGAUGCGGAGCCACCCAGUGCUCGGCCCAGCAGAGCAGGUACGUUCGGACUCCUCAGUCUCACCUGAGUGUCACUGGUUCCUGCCUCUUCUUGUGCCAGUGCUUCUGCCUCUGGCAGAGCUGACAUGGGAAUGCUGUGGAGGCUGUUGAGGUGCUGUUGAGGUGGGGAGGGCAGGGGGCAACUUCGGGGUGUAGAGAGAGAAGAACCACGGGGAGGGAAUGUGGUGUGGCUGUGGAUUUGCAAGCUCUAAGUAAGGAAAAUGGGCAAAUUUACCUCACUGCUGGAAUCACGUGGCUCCUGGCCACUGAAUGAACUGGGUCUUGGGUCCCUUGGCAAAUAAACUCCAGUGAAAAGUGCUUUAGCCGUGUCUCACACUGGGGAAGACAACCCCAAAGUCCUGGGAUGGGGAUGGGUGUGUGUCACACUGCCCUGUGCCUGCGCUGGUUGUCAUGGUGUUGCCGCUGUCUUCCCCACCCUGGGGAUUUGGGAGUUCUGUGGUCCUGGACUUGUCAUGCUGAGCUGAAGGAGACAGGAUGGGGCAGGACAGGCUUGGGGCCUUUUGGCAGAGUGCUGUCGGGCUUCUGUGGGUGCCAAGGGCCUGUUCCCGGGGCACGGGCUUGCUCUCAGGAGCAGUUCCUCUGCAGGCUGAGUGGCACCGACUGCAGCUGGGGAUGGUUCCGCUGUUACCUCUGAUGAGGCCCAGGUAGGAUCCGGGCCAUGGGGGCUGCACCAGGGCCAGCAUCUCCCCGCUGCCCUCCGUAGCCCAACAGCAGCUGGUGGCUACCUUGACGGGCCACUAUGGACCGGCCCACACGUGUCCCUGGGCCCCGCCGGCUUCUGGGCUGCUUCAGGCGGAAGCCACAGGCUGUCAGUGGGGAGACACCACCAGAACUGGAGCCAGAGCCAGAGGAACCUGAGGAGACACAUGUGGUGCUGCCCCUGGGUGAGGGCCAGGCGCUGGAGGAGUGUCCCCUGUGCCUGCUGCCCCAGCCCCCCGAGGCCUUUCCCAGCCUGGCCUCCUGCACCCACCGCUCGUGCUGGGCCUGCCUGGAGCAGUACUUGCGGCUCGCUGUCAGCGAGAGCCGGGUGCCAGUGUCCUGCCCACACUGCCCCGCGGCGCUCCAGCCCGCUGAUGUCCACCGGCUCCUGCCCGAGCCUGCCCUCCGUGACAAGUACGAAGAGUUCCUGCUGCGACGGUUGCUAGUGGCUGAUCCUGGCAUCCGCUGGUGCCCUGCACCUGACUGCAGCUACGCUGUCUUUGCCCACGGCUGUGCCGAAUGUCCCCGCCUCACCUGUGGGCGUGAGGGCUGUGGCACUGAGUUCUGCUACCACUGCCGGCAGCCCUGGCACCCUGAUGGCCGCUGUGCACCGGUGCCACCGGUCCCCAGCCUGGCCACCCCCACAGCACAGCUGGCCCAGCCGGAGGAGUUGGCCCAUGCUGAGGCUGAGGACAUCAAGGUCUGUCCUCGCUGCAGCGCCUUCAUCAUGAAGAUCAAUGACGGGAGCUGCAACCGCAUGAACUGCACGGUCUGCGGGUGCCUCUUCUGUUGGCUCUGCUUGCGUGAGAUCUCUGAUGUGCACUUUCUGAGCCCUUCUGGCUGCACCUUCUGGGGGAAGAGGCCAUGGUCACGGACCCGGAGGAUCCUGUGGCAGCUGGGCAUGGUGCUGGGAGCGCCCAUGGUCAUCUCCCUUGCCGCAGGUGUUGCUGUCCCUGUUAUUACCAUUGGGAUUCCCAUCUACAUGGGUAGGAAGGUGCUGGGCCAGAGCCGGCGAAGCAGCCUAUCUGGAUGCCAGCAGUGCCUCUCUGUCACCAGCAGUGUCCUCCUCUCUCUCUUUGUGUCCCCUAUCAUAACAGCUCUGACUGUGGGUGUCGGCGUGCCCCUGAUGCUCGCCUACGUGUACGGGACUGUGGUGCUGUCGCUGUGCCGGAACCGCUGGGGCUGCAGGGGCAGCCGCACGCCUGGAGACCUCGGCGUGGUGGAGCUGGAGAACCUGGCCAAAGUGAAUGAGCUGUGGUCAGUGCUGCCCAGCCCCAGACCAGGUGAGGAUGGAGCUCCAGACCCCGCUGCCUCCCUCCCCAGCAGCAGCCGCAGCCCGCACCCAGGGCCAGUGUGGCCAGAAGGGGACAGCCAGUCAGCCAGCACAGUGGCCCUUGCGGGGAGUAUGCUGAGUGAGGGCCAGGACAUCUCUGACAGGCCCUUGUCCAAAGUCCCUCCAGCUUUCUUGGAGCCGCUUUAGGCACUGUGACUCGAAGGUCUCCCUGGAUCCUUCUCUUCUCCAGACUGAACAUCCUCAGCUGUCCCAGCCUGUCUCCAUAGGAGAUGAGGUUUGUGAGUUGGCUCACCUGCACAACUUCUUCCAGCUGCUCUGGGAUUCCCAUGUGAAGGGGUUGUGCCUUUGGCAGUGCCUUGCACUGCACAUCUUCUGUUUCUGAAGAUGAACUCCACCCUUCUGGUCCUGGGCUAUUGUCUCAGCUUCUGCAGUUCAGUCUGUCCCUCACCAGCCGAGGUGGUGCCUCUCCUGUUACCUUUGAUCCCCCUCCCUGGUGGCCCCAAGCUUCAGCUCCCCAUCCUGUCUGGUGGCUCUGCAGUGGGUUGUCCAGUCCUGAACUGCUUUGGUCUCUGGAGUGUCCAGGCUGGGGUCCUGCAGCCCUGUGCAAGUCUGGUGCUUCAGAGCCACCAACAAGCCCCAGUGCUGCAGCUGCAGCCCAGGCUGUUCCCAUGCUUACGAACUCUGGGUGAGCUGGUGUGUUCCCCUGGAAUGGGGCUGCCUGAGAAGGCCUCCCAGGAAGACUUUUUUCCUUUGGAAAAGUGGGUUUGUUCUCAGGGCAUCUUCCACUUGCUGCCAGGUAGGUUUAUCUCGGGCUCAUUCUGGGAAGGGGCUGCUCAGUACCUCAUGCUUCUCCCUGCUCUCAAUGUCCUGGCCAAGGUGACUCCAGAUUUUGAAUAAACACAAUGAAUAGGCACAGGGACAAGCAGUCCUAAAGCAUUAGUUAUUUCUGCAGUCCCUGAGAGCCUGUGCUGAGGUAGCUUUGCUUGGUGGCAUUAAAACCAGUUUGUCUCAA